CAACUUACCUCAGGCCUCGGGUUUCAACUAGGGUUUUUCGAUUUUCCAAUAGAAAUUGAUUAUCAUCGACUUCUAAACAUGGCAUUGCUCUUCAAGUUGAAGAGCCUCAGAUUGGGUUAUUCAAUACUUUCUUCUACAUUUGCUUCAAAAACUAAAAGGUUUGUUGUUGGAGAUCGAAAACCCUCAAAUUUUUCUCUUCAAAAUCAGUUACUCUGCCGACACUUCACCUCAGAAAUGUCGGCAAACCAACACAAUUUCACAGUCACUUACCUCAUAAACUCAUGUGGGUUGUCUCCAAAAGCUGCAAUUUCAGCAUCCAAGAAGGUCGAGUUGCAAACCCCAGAAAGAGCAGACUCCGUCUUGGCCCUUGUGAGAAACCAUGGACUCUCUGAAGCCCAGCUCUCAAAGUUUGUCAGGUUACACCCAGAAGUUCUUUUAGCCGAUCCUGAGCAAACCCUUUUGCCAAAGCUUCGGUUUUUCAUCUCUCUCGGGGUUUCAAAGGAGGACCUUGCGAAAACUCUGGCUUUCUGUCCGCAGAUUUUGUCAAGAAGCUUGGAAAAAGAGAUUUGACCCGAUUAUAAUUUCCUUAGGAGCUUGAUUCCUGAGAAAAAAGUUGUUUCUGUUUUGAAGAACAGCUCGUGGUUUUUCUUCGAAGGCCACUCCAAAAAUGUGGUGCCAAAUAUUGAUCUUUUGAGACAACUAGGUAUGCCCCAAUCAUGCAUUUAUCUGUUGCUGGCUCAUUAUAUUAAUGUUCUGAUGGUAAAGCAUGAAAGGUUUGGUGUAGUUGUGGGUAAGGUCAAGGAAAUGGGAUUUAAUCUGGAAAAAGCCACUUCCGUGUCUGCUCUACGUGUAUUGUGUGGUAGGCACAAGUCAGUAUGGAACCGAAGUUGGGAACUUUAUAGGAGUUGGGGUUGGUCUGAUGACGAUAUUCUCUCUGCUUUCAGGCGGUAUCCGCAGUGUAUGAUUCACUCGGAGAAGAAGGUAAUGGAAGUAAUGGAUCUUUUAGUGAACAACAUGGGAUGGCCGUCAAGAAAGAUUGCCCAAUAUCCUGUGGUCCUGAGUUUGAGUUUAAAGAGGAGACUGAUCCCAAGGUGUUCGGUUGUUAAGGUUUUGUUUUUGAAAGGAGUUAUAGAUGAAAACUUGCGUUUGGGUUCUGUGUUGCUGCCUGUGGAGAAGCACUUCCUGGAAAAGUUUGUAACUACAUAUCUCAAGGAAAUACCUCAAUUGUUGAAUGUGUAUCAAGGGAAAGUUGAAUUCCAGGAUGUAUGAUGUUAUAACAGUUUUGACACCUUGAUGCGGCAGUGUUUUGCUUGGAAAAUUGCUUUUGAUACAAUACACAUGUCUUGCUUCUGUUGGGGUCCAAUUUAAACUCCUCUGCAGGUGAGUGAAAAGGACAAAAUCUUUUCAAGUUAGAAGUCAAUGCAAAAAUCUGAGAAAUAUUUAUUCAUUUAACAGUUCAGUGACUUCAAAGCCGGCAACCAAAAUGUAC